GUUAACGUUUGACCAGGCUGGAUGGGGCUGUAGCGAUCACACUACAGUCCAAGGAGUGACACUGGAACUCUUAAGCAAGAGUCUCGACACUGAAGCUCAUCAUGGCACAUCCCACAAUGCACCUGCUGCUGCUCAGCCUCCUCAUCGGCACAGCUGCUGGGAAAGGCCUGGAGAAGGGACCACUGGAGAACAAGGUUCUAGACGUACCAGAGGGAACACCUGUACCCUACGCCCUCUACCAGUUCCAAGCAUCCCACCUUGAGGUUGAUGGGUUCAGAUUGACAGGAGAGACUGAAGGAAAGAUCAGCAUCUCAGAGGACGGCUGGCUCUACCUGGAACAGGCCCUGGACUGGGCUCACACACAGACACACACUCUAGAGCUGGAGGCCUUAGUGGGUUCAGAACCAGUAGAAGGUCCAGUCAGCAUCACCAUCAACGUAUUGGACGUCAACAACCAUGCCCCCUCCUUCAACCAGACUGACUACAUCGGCAUCGUCAAGGAACGUACCCCCGCAGGUGUUCCAUUUGCGCGUGUGUUUGCUACUGACCUGGACGACCCAGAGUCUCCCAACGCCCAUCUGAGUUACACCCUGGUCUCCCAGAUCCCCAACAGAGACAACACACUGUUCUUCCAGAUCAACAGCAACACAGGAGAUAUUUCUACUACUGCCGAGGGAGAGCGUCUGCUGAAGGCCAGGGAAGGUGUUGUUCAUUCCAGAGGAGGGGACUUUAGGGAUUCUCUGAAGAAGAAGUUUGAUGAGUACUGCACCCCCACAGAUGACAUCCCUUAUGAACUCAACCCCUUCUACAGCUGUGUACAGAGAGCAGAGUCUCGGAGGCUGAACCCUCUGGAAGACCCAGACUUCACACUGAUUGUGCGUGUGGAGGACAUGGGCGGGGAGUCGUUGAAUGCUCUCAACGGUAACGCAAGGGUUAACAUUGCUGUGCAGGAGAACCUGUGGGUCAAUCCUGGACCAAUCAACCUCAGAGAACAGUUGAAAGGGAUAUACCCCAUGCCCAUCGGCAAGGUCCAGUCUAAUGAUCCCAGUGCCCUCUACAGGCUGGUACAGAAAGAGCGGGAGCUGACGUUCCCCUUCAAUGUCACGGAGGAAGGAGACAUUCUGCUGACUGAGGAGCUGGACAGAGAGGACAAGGCCAUGUACAUCCUGGUGGUGUUUGCUGAGGAUAGCCAUGGUAACGAGGUAGACCCUCCCCUGGAGGUGCAGGUGGUGGUGGACGAUGUGAAUGAUAACCCUCCAAUCUGUGAGGAGGAACUCAGUGUGUUUGAAGUGCAGGAGAACGAACCCACAGGCAGUCCAAUUGGAGAUCUGAUGGUGCAUGACGCUGAUGACAUCAACACACCCAACGCACUGCUCUCCUAUUCACUGGUGUCCCAAACCCCUUCAUCCGUCUUUACCAUCGAUGGCAUCAGCGGCCGCAUCCAGGCCAAGCAGAUGCUCCAACGCAGAGACGCAACAGAGUACCACCUCACUGUCAGAGUAAACGACCCAGGUUUCAGCACAGAAUGUAAGGUCCUCAUCAAGGUCAUCGACAUCAACAAUGAGCUCCCCAUCUUCGAGAUGAAUGACUAUGGUAGUCACAACCUGUCUGAAGACACAGCUGUAGGCCACACCCUCCUGACGGUAAAAGCCACAGACGCUGACGACCCUGGAACAGGAAGCUCCCGCAUCGAGUUCCACAUAACCGCGGGCAACAAAGAUGGAGUUUUCGCCAUGGAGACAGACGACAAUGGGGAGGGCAGGCUUGUUGUUGCCAAGCCUCUGAACUAUGAGGCUGCUUCUUCCUAUAUGCUACAGAUUGAUGCUCGUAACCCAGAACCCCUGGUGAAGGGUCUGGAGUACGGCGCUGAGUCCUCCGCCGUCGUCUCGUUGGCGAUCAGUGACGUUGAUGAGGCUCCAGUGUUUGCCAUGGACAUUCUGGAUGUCGCGGUGCCAGAGGACACUAAGGCGGGAGCUACGCUGCUCAAAAUAAACGCCAAGGACCCAGAGGGCAAAGAGAUACUGUUCAAGAUGGAGGGAGACACUAAGGGUUGGUUGGAGAUUGAUCCUGCUACUGGAGAGAUAAAGAUAAAGAAUAAAGCCGUGCUGGACAGAGAGACGGUGGAGGCCUUCCACUUUACUGUUGUCGCCUUCGAGAAAGCCAAUCCAGAGCUGUCCUCAGAGCGCGAGGUGUCUGUGAGGCUGCUGGAUGUGAAUGACAAUGUCCCCAAGCUGACAGAGAACCAGGCUUUCAUCUGUGUGAAGAAGCCCCAGCCUAUUGUCCUGACGGCCCUGGACGCAGACGCAGACCCCUUCGGAGCACCUUUCACAUUCAGCCUGGCCCAGGGCAAGAAGUCCCCCAACUGGGACCUAAGCACUGUGGAUGGUACAUCUGCUAAACUGACCCUGAAGAAAUCUCCCAGCGAGGACAAAACAUUCCUAAUCCCCAUCAACAUCAAAGACAACGCUGGCAUGGGCAUCACACAGAAGUUUGAGGUGCGAGUGUGUAACUGUACAGAGCUGGGAUACUGUUUCACCAAGCCGGACGUUCAUGCAGGCGUGUUAGGAAUGCCCACCACCGUCGGAAUCCUGGCUGGAACUGUCGGAUUCAUCGCCCUCGUCCUGGUCAUCGCUUUCCACCGUAUAAAGAAGGACAACCAGAAGAAAGCCUUGCAGGGAGAAACGGAUGCCAUUCUCUAGAAACAGUGUUUGUUUAAUUGUUAUAUUUACUUUGAUUGGUUGUAUGCAUAUGUUAUAAAUACUACCUGGUCUCACCAUAAUCAUGCGCUCAUUCAGCUCAAUAACUUAUUUCCCCUGUUAAUGAAUUGAGUCUGUAUUUAGAAUUUAGACUGCCCAUUCCCAGCUGGUGUGUCUUGACUGGCUGUGCACUGUGUGUGAUGGUUCAAACACUCCUUUUCAAGCUGCUUGCUAUAAUUGUGUAGAUUGUUGCUCAGAGACUUUAGUUCACCGUUUCCCUCUGACUGUUUUUUUGUACAGAUACUCCAUUAUGUUUUUGAUGUAGCCUGAUAUCAGUGAAGAUGCUAGCUAGCCAAGGGUUAAAUGAAAAGGGUUCCAUCACUUUAGAAUGGGAGAAAGACUGCAUGCAGUAAAGAGUAGAAAUGACCAUGGAAAAACAACCAAUGUGGGAGACAGUUCCACCACCUAAACAUCCCCAGUUGAACCCUUGGUGUUAACAGUUUGACAAGCCCAGUGUAAAUGAAUAUCUGAGUGUGUACCAAGGUUAUUAUAGUUUGGUGAUUUUCUAUUAGAUUUUAUUUCUAUUACUUUUUCCAAAAAAAUUAAAAUUCAGUUUAGUUUCAAUUAGCUUUCAGACUUGAUUUACUCGUUUUUAUUCUGUUUCAGUUCGAUAAAAACAUUUAUAUUUCGUUUUUCUAUUAUUCCGUUUCAGUUUUAGUGUCAGGGACAGAAAGUAGCCUUAUGUGUGGGAGGCUAGGAGCCGUGUAUGUGUUGAAAGACUAUAGCAGGGGUACUCAAGUACUAUUUGAGAAGGUCCAGUCACAAAAAUGUCCUAGGUGGAAAAGAUCCGGAUGGAUAUUGUUAUUUAUUGGCGUAGUAACAAACCCCCACCUUGCAAUCCAUGCGACCCCAAACUGUUCAAACUGUUCACACCAUUCUUGUUGGCAGAGAGAAACAUUUGCAACUGAACAUAAUUCAUGAUGGUUUUUAUUAUAUUUUAGUUUGUUUUGCAGUCAAAGAUAAUAGUUUCAGUAUAGUUUUAGUUUUUCAAACGUUUUUCUUCAUUACUUUAUUUCAGUUUACUCAAUUGUUUUUCCAAUUUUUGUUUUUAUUUAAUUUUUGUUUCAGUUUUUGUUUACUAUUAUAACCUUGGUGUGUACGACACAGUAAUGGAGAGAGGAGUGGGGAAAAUGUCUAUCUGAAUAAAGGCUAUCUGGACCUAC